AUGUUGGCUUUUUUUUUUAUUUGGUUACUUUUAAUUGAUGGGGACCCAUGCCAACCGAUGUAUAUCAUUCUACCAACUCAAGUUCCCCGAAGCUUUGAUUUAAGAGAAGAAUCUUAUUACCAGGAACCAAUUGAAGGAAUCGAAUUCAUUGAUGACCCAGCCAAACUGUUUACAGUCAAUGAUUUCUUUGGAGAAGCCCAAAAAUUCGUCAUGGGAGUCCAAAAGUUCGUGCAGCAUCCGUCGACUUCACUGUACAGUGCAUUCAACCAGCUGCAGAGCAAUGCCAAAAAGAACCACCAGAAACAGAAGCCAGUGAAGCACAGGGUGGUUCUUGACCCCUUCGGGAACAUUUCAUUCACCCUGAGCUGGUCAGCCAACCUGCAGGUGUUCAAUAGCUUCGGUUUCAAAACUCGAAGUCUGGUCAACUACAAUGCAUGGCCUAAGGGUUAA